UGGAAACUCCUUGAGGCGCCGUGCCGGGUUAUCGUCUCUCGUUUCUCUGUCACGGUCCCCGACCGGAUCGAAGUUAGCCACAAAUGAAACGUAUCGCGGUCGGUCGUCCGGUCGUCCGUCGAUUGUCAGUUGUUUUUACCGAGGCUCGUAGUUGUGCAGUCGGUAGAAAAAAAAAUCGCGCGUGAAUCUUUUCCUGGCUUUGCUAAAAUUCCCCGUUUGAAAAUUUAGAGUGUUUACAAAACAUUGAAAUAAUUUAGACGGAUCAAGGAAUUUGAAGAGCGCGAAAGACGUCGUGUGACAGCUGUAUCGUAGGAACGUCGAUAAAUGACAGCAACGCAUCAGCAUUCUCAUGGCCACCAUUCAACAUCCAAAUCUAUGGCAAGAUGGCUGCUCUUGUCGAAAACCAUCACGAGCACCGAAAAUUGGAGAUAUUCCCAGACACACCGCUGUAGAUGUAGACCCGAAAGCUCAAGAACCAGAUAUCCAGAAACCCGCAAACUUCCAUACGGUCUUCAAGAAAGUACGCUCUCCCGGCGACGUGAUCCGAGCGCAAAACGAAUUCACCAGAUCGCUGCUCGAAGUCGCCCGAUCGUCGCCAGAUCAUCAGCGUCGAGACGAUGUGACCCGAAUGAUCUCGGCGCCCGCUCACGAUGCCGUACGAUCGCUCGCGGGACAACCCGAGGCCGGCCGGGCGCCAGUCGAAGUCGACCGAAGACGAGCCGAAAUCUCCCGAACGAAGCGAUCGGAGGCGGACUUGUCCGAUAACGGGCGAUCUGUGAACGAUUGCAGCCGAUCCGAGCCGAUCCAAACGAAUCCUGUGAUACUCAACUCAGUGCCUUCCGUGAAAAAUCACUCUGAGAACGUCUCUGUCGAGAAUGGCCAAGGAAACGGGCCUAAAUCGUCAAUCCAAUCAAAAUCUUCAGCUGCUACGGAGAGUCGACCAAUUUUCUCGAAUUGCCAGUUUUCGCCUUCCAAUAGUCCCACCAACAGUCCCAGGAGCAACAGAAAGAGGCAGCCCUUGAGGGAGUCUAGAAGGGUCAGCAUCGAAAAAUCCGGGAUGUAUCUCCAGUUGAACCAGUACAAACUCAUGGAUAGCAUAGGGCAGGGCUCUUAUGGAAUAGUCAAAUUAGCGUACAACGAAGAAGAUGAUACUCAUUAUGCCAUGAAAAUCCUGUCGAAAAAGAAACUCCUGAAGAAAGCCGGCAUGUUUGGCAGACUGCCGCCUGCGCGCAAAGAGGGUCGAUCCACCUCCUCCUCCCCCAUCAACCACCCGCUGCAGAAGGUGUACCGCGAGAUCGCCAUCCUGAAGAAGCUGGACCACCCGAACGUGGUGAAGCUGGUGGAGGUGCUGGACGACCCGGCCGAGGACCACCUGUACUUGGUGUUCGAGCUGCUGGAGGGGGGGCAGGUGCUCGACGUGCCCACCGAUACGCCGCUGGACGAGGAAAGAGCGUGGACUUAUUUCAGGGACGUGGUCGUCGGGAUCGAAUACCUGCACUACCAAAGGAUCAUCCACCGCGACAUCAAACCCGCCAAUCUGCUGCUGAGCGAAUGCGGGCGCGUCCAAAUCGCGGACCUAGGCGUUUGCAACGAAUUCCACGGGAGCGACGCUUUCCUCUCCAGCACGGCUGGAACUCCGGCGUUCAUGGCCCCCGAAGCCCUGAACGAUCAAAGACAGAGCGGGUUCAGCGGAAGAGGUACUGAUAUUUGGUCUAUGGGUGUGACCCUCUAUGCCUUCGUAUACGGUCGUCUGCCCUUCCAUGAUCAAAACAUCGUAGGACUGUAUUCCAAGAUCAAGAACCAACCGGUCGAGUUUCCAGAACUGCCUCGAAUAAGCAACGAUCUCAAAGAUCUGAUAAGACAGAUGUUGAUCAAGGACCCCAACCAGAGGAUCACUCUCCAAGAACUGAAAGAACAUCCAUGGGUAACAAAGCAGGGUAGUUUUCCACUUCCUUCCGAAGAAGAAAACUGCCAUCUAGUGGAGGUUACGGACGAAGAUGUCGCCAAAGUUAUAACUUCCAUUCCGAAGUUGGAUACUUUGAUACUCAUUAAACACAUGCUCAAGAAACAUUCCUUCCAGAACCCGUUCCUCCAUCGCAGGGACACGACAGUGGUGCCCCCUGCCUCCCAUGCUUCCCCAGCCUGCUCCCAGCGCCAGCACAUCGGUAGAUCAGGGCGCUCCAACUCGGCGCCCAGCCGCUACCACUGGCGUAACGAGCGCCAGCCGAGCGCCGAUUCGAGCUUGGAGUGUGUGGAGGAGGCACAAUAUGUGGAGGAGGUCAGCGUGGAAGGUUUAUCUGCCAUUGGCGUGGACAAGGCUAGUAAGAAGGUGGAAGAGGGUCGGUGACGAUGCCGGAGACCGUCGAGGUUCGAAGGUGGUUUUGUUCUGAAAAAGUGAAACGCUGAUAGACCAAUAGAUGAUGACAUGUGACUUUCUCCCAUUUUACACUGCAGGCCUUUUUGAGGCUUUAUAAUUAACCCCAAAAUAUGAAAAAUAGACCGGCUCCUGGCCGCCCAAUCAGAACAAAUGCGUCUUAUGGACGUUUUAAGAUCGUCCACUCUGGGGCCGCCCAUUAAUAAUAAUGUAACUUUCGGAGAUUGAAAGCACAAAUGAACCUCUCGAACCUUUAUCUUUAUUUAGAUUAUACAAAUACAACUGACAAAUUUUGUCAGAUCCAAUAAUUCAACUUUUUUUUACAUAGUGAAACAAAAUAUAAAGUGAGAUUCAACAUUUUCCGGUGCGUGAAGACAUCUCUCCACCAUUAAUCUUUCCCCAGAUGUAGGUAGAACGCGAAUCUUCGUGACAGGUCUUGUAUAAACACCUCGAUUUGUUCUCAUCUCGACGACUCGAAUGAUAUAUUAUCCUUUCUAGGAUACACUUGCUCUAUUCUUCCAAUCUGACAGACAUUUCUUGGCACUUUCUCAUCAACGAUCAAGACAAUAUCGCCGAUUUUAACCACCUCACUUUUAGCAUGCCAUUUUGAGCGCUGAAUCAAUGUAGGUCUGUAUUCUAGUAUCCAUCGCUCCCAUAUUCCUUCCAUAUGUGAUGCUCGCGCUGGAUUGAAUCUCCACUCAAUCUGUUUGAGACUCAAGAAGUUGACUAUUUCUUCUUGGUCAACAGAUUCGAUCAAUUCUCUGAGCUCUCUUUCAGCUCCUACAAAAUUGGAUUAUUAAAUUAUCGGAAAUAAAUUCCUUUGGUUGGCCUCGCCUACACAUGAAUCGUUUUUUAUGGCUGAUAUAGUUUAACUGGUAACACAUGUAACUCUCUGAGAUUCAAAGCACAAAUAAACCUCACGAAAGUUUAUCUCCAUUCAGAUUAUACAAAUACAACUGACAAAUCUUGUCAGAUCAAUAAUUAAACUUUUUAACAUAGUGAAACAAAACACUAAAACAAAAUAUAAAGUGAGAUUCAACAAGUAAUCAGGUUUACGAAUGAAAUUCGCUUUUAGUUUUUGGGAGACGUCGCAAGUCGGAGAUAAUUCUGCUCACGUAUCUAUAACAAAGAAUCGAAGAUCUAAUGAUAUGAAUCUCAAUUCUAAUAUAUAUUCAUUCAAGACAUCUAUUGAGAUCGUUCCAUAGCCAUAUCUGAAACACCCUGUAUUCAGAAUAUGUCAGAUGCCGAAAUUUGUUCAGCUAUUCGAUAUUAUACUACUUUUUGUCAUUCUCUUUGAAAAUAAAAGGUUUGACUUACAACAUAACGAAACAAAAAACAAUGUCUCUCUCUUGCUCAUUUCAUUUUUACAGUUGAUUCCAAGAAUUGGAGGGUCUAAAUCUGACAAGGUGUAUUGUAUAAUUCAGAAUAAUGUAAUUUUCUUGUUAGAAACAAUUUGCCAGUAUUGAAAAUUUUAUUCAUACUAAUUUUUUGGGAAGCGGCGGACUUCGUUUUUUCAGAAAAAAAUUGCCUUGAAUUUUGUGGAUUUUAUACCAUGUAAUGAUCGUAUACAUAGCUUUAAAUUAUGCAAUUUCGAAUGAAUCGAUGUGAACUGAUAUGUGACCAAUCAGGAUAUCAAACUCAUACAGGGAAAUCUUCAACCAAAUUCUUUUUUUUUUAAUGAAAAAACCGGACAGGCAAUUUUUGGUUUGAUUUGUAAUCGGUUUAUUUUAGUUCUUCUUCAGUUGUGAUUAUGGUCAUUAGGAAAGUUUUUUGAGAUUUCCAUUCACUAAUCAGUGCCAAUAGUUGCCAUUUCGAUAAUUUGUUCAAAAAUAGUAAAAUGAACAGUCCCGUAUAUAUUUAAUUUGAAAGGAUUUUCUAUUGUUUUGAUUAUGAAUCUUUGAGGAUUUAUCAGUAGAUAUAAGUAUCCAUAUUUGGUGAUUAUGUUCAAAUUGAAAAGAAAAAUGUGCCUGGAAUCUGUUAAACAAUUUGACAAACAAAUUUACUUCUCGAAUAAGUACUUUCGGAAUUUUUAUUUUUUCUAAUAAAUGUUUUUAUUUUUUUU